UCAAAGGCACCAAGCUGGGGAAGGCUGUUUUCAAGAAUGUUUACUCAAAGGACAUCUGAUGCUUUUCACUCCACUUCAUGCUACAUUGUUCAGAUAAGACUUUCAAGUAUUGCCUAAAUAAGGAAGAAACCUCAGCGAGGUGAAGCUUGCCAUGAGACCAGAGUGACACAAGCAGUUCAAACGGUUCAGAGCAUAAGCUGCUUUAUCUUACUGAACCUUACCAUCUUCCUAAAAGAACGAAAAAUGAGAAUGACUAUUCAAGAAUCUACAAAGAAUGAAAAUGAGGAAGUGGAAGAGGUCGAAGAGGAGGAAGAUGCAACAGUGUUCUUCAAGCCUGUUAUUGAGGAUAAAAACAUGGAACUUGCAAGAAAAUGCACAGAAAUAAUAAGUAAUGUCCAUUAUAAAGAAAAAUAUGAAAAAUCCAAAGGCAGGUGCACACUUGUACCUGAUACUCCACAGCUGACACACGUGAAAAAUAUAUCUGCUGUUAUUUCUGAAGCAAAGUACAAAGCAAAGGCUAAGAAAGAACUUUCUAACUCACUCUACCAGCAGAUGCCUGCUACAAUUGAUAGUGUGUUUGCAAAAGAAGUCAUGCAACUUCAGAGCAAGGUUCUUUACAAGCAAAAAUAUGAUGCUGAGAAAGGAACAUCAAAUUAUGCACAGAUGAAGGAACUUCCAGAUGUUAAGCAUGCCAUGGAAGUUAGUAAACACCAAAGUAAUAUUUCAUAUAAAAAAGAUCUCCAGGAUAUUCACAAAUAUACUGAAGUUUCCAAUAGACCAGAUGUAAUGAUGGCAACAAAGCUAACAAAGAUAAUAAGCAAUGCUGAAUAUAGAAAAGGAAAACAAGAAAUGAGCAAGGAGCCAACUGUACUUGGAAGACCAGACUUUAACCAUGCUCAGAAAGUAUCCAAGUUGUUAAGUCAAGUUAAAUACAAAGAGCAGCUUGUUAAGGAAAUGAAGAAUUAUUGCUUCAAUCCUCUGGAAAGUGCUUCUUUCAAGCAAGCUCAACUUGCAUCUGUCUUAGCAAGUGAUGUGAAAUACAAAAAAGAAAGCCUGGGCAGUCUUCAUGAACCAACAUCUGCUUUUCCAAACCUAUUACAGUUAGAGCACGCACUGAGUGCCAGCAAGAUCCAUAGUAAUUAUGAAUAUAAGAAACUAUUUGAGAAAACUAAGGGGCUGUAUCAUUUUGAAGCAGAUACUGCUGAACAGCUGCACCACAAAGAAAAUGCAGUCCUCCAGAGCCAGGUUAAGUAUAAAGAGAAAUAUGAAAAAUCAAAAGGCAAGUCUAUGCUAGAAUUUAUGGAUACACCAACAUACCAAGUUUCAAAGGAAGCUCAAAAGUUUCAAAGUGAGAAAAUGUAUAGAAAAGAAUUUGAAGAAAAAGUCAGAGGAAAGGCAGCACUGGAUUUAGACAAGACUCUAGAAUUCUUGCAUGUGAAACAUGUAACAGAUCUAUUAAAAGAGAAGGAGUAUAGAAAAGAUUUGGAAGAAGGGAUGAAAGGAAAAGGACUGGCAGUGCUUGAAGAUACUCCAGAUUUGAUUAGAGUGAAAAAUGCAGCUCAGAUACUAAAUGAGAAAGAAUACAGAAAAGAUCUGGAACAUGAAAUAAAGGGAAAAGGAGUGAAACUUAUUUCAGAAACUCCUGACAUUCAAAGAGCAAAGAGAGCAUCUGAAAUUGUUAGUGAGAAAGAAUAUAGAAAAGAUCUGGAGACCAAAAUUAAAGGAAAAGGAAUGCAAGUUGGCACUGAUACACCUGAAAUACAGCGAGCAAAGAGAGCAUCUGAAAUUGCAAGCCAGAAAGAAUACAAGAAACAUCUAGAAAUGGAAAUUAAAGGAAAGGGGAUGCAGGUGGACAUGAAUACUCCUGAUAUACAACGAGCAAAGAAAGCUUAUGAACUCGCAAGCCAGAAAGAAUACAUGAAGGACUUGGAGACUGAGAUCAAAGGGAAAGGAAUGCUAGUAGGCCCAGAUAUUCCAGACAUACAGCGAGCAAGGAAGGCAUCUGAAAUAGCUAGCCAGAAGAAGUACAAAGAUGAAGCAGUGAAGAUGCUGUGUACUUACUCCGCUGUGCCAGAUACUCCUGAAAUUGAGAGAAUUAAAAAUGCACAGAGAAAUAUCAGUUCUGUAUUUUACAAGAAAGGAUUAGGUGCUGGCAUAACAGUAGCAGAGACCCCUGUGACUGAACAUGUAAAGAAAAAUCAGAAAAAUAUUAGUACAGUGUGCUAUAAAGAACAACUUGGUAAAGCUACUUCGGUCAGUGUCACUCCUGAAAUGGAAAGAGUCAAGAAGAAUCAAGAAAUUAUCAGCUCGGUGUGCUAUAAAGAACAGCUUGGUAAAGCUACUUCGGUCAGUGUCACUCCUGAAAUGGAAAGAGUCAAGAAAAAUCAAGAAAUUAUCAGCUCGGUCAAGUACUGCAGAGAUCAGCAGCAGAUGAAAGGUAGACCUAGCGUGAUUCUAGACACACCCGAGUUAAGGCAUGUCAAAGAGACACAAAACAUCAUCUCAAUGGUCAAAUAUCAUGAAGAUUUUGAGAAGACAAAAGGCAGAGGAUUCACUCCAGUAGUGGAUGACCCUGUAACUGAACGAGUGAGAAGGAAUACCCAGGUGGUUAGUGAUGCUGCAUACAAAGGUGUUCACCCACAUAUAGUUGAAAUGGACAGGAGACCUGGAAUAAUUGUGGACCUCAAAGUUUGGCGCACAGAUCCUGGCUCCAUCUUCGACCUUGAUCCUUUGGAAGAUAAUAUUCAGUCUAAGAGUCUACAUUUGCUUUUGGAAAAAGCAAGACAUUGCAGCCAACACCAUUUUCGUUCUACCAGUACUUCUGGCGUUGGAGAUGACAAGUCAGAUGAUUCUAUAUUUUCUUACUCCAGUGAGGCAACAAGACUAUCUAAUGAAGGAGGAGCCCCUGUGCUUCCUGGGGCAUAUCAACACAAUCAGCCCCAAGGAUACGGUUACAUGCACCAGAGUAGUAUGUCAUCUAUGAGAUCAAUGCAUUCACAGCCACAUUCAGCUAACUUGAGAACUUAUAGAGCUAUGUAUGACUAUAGUGCCCAAGAUGAAGACGAAGUUUCCUUCAGAGAUGGUGACUACAUCAUCAAUGUUCAACCGAUUGAUGAUGGUUGGAUGUAUGGUACAGUUCAGAGAACUGGGAAAACUGGAAUGCUUCCAGCAAAUUACAUUGAGUUUGUUAAUUAGUUCACCAUUAAUUCUUCUGAGCAUUUUGAUUUACCUAUAAUCUUUUUAAACAAAGUAUUUUUAAAACCACAACUUCAUUACUUCCCUGUUAGUGUAACAAUCUGUGCUUAUAUGCUAAAGUCAACAUGCAGUCCUCUAGAAAGAAAUCUAGGAGUACUGAGCUCUGAAAUCAUGAUAGUUAAAUGAUAUAUGAAAACACACUGCUGGUGGAAACUGGAUUAAUUUCUAUUAGCUCCCAAAU